AUGCCUCCAAAAUCAAACAGAGCACCGACCUUGGAACUCGCAACUACCACGUUCAACAAAGGCAUGCAAAAUCCAGCAUCAAAGAGUGCUGAUGCUUUAAAACCAGAAUCAACGCUCAGCCCUCUCACUCCUCGUUCGCCAAAAUCCUCCCCAUCAUCCCCCCGAUCCAUCAGCCACGAACCGACUAUACGGCCGGUCACGUCACGUUCAAGGACAGGUUCCUCUACGACAGCUCCACUCUCUCCUUAUGAAGCAGCAGAGCCGCCCACGCCGAAUUUCACGGCGAUGCCUCAGUAUCCGCCAUCACCCAAGGAAAAUCCUAAACAUAACCGUGACCCAUCACGGUCAUUCUUUGCCAACCUGAAAGCUUCCAAGUCGUCCCACAAGAUCAGUAACUCAGACAGUUCGGGUCUUUCAGCGGAACAAGCAUCGAAAAGCCGUGGAAACUCUCGUGACCGAUCUCAUCACACCCUACGAAAGAAUGGUUCAACGUCUGACCUGCUAGAAGCCGCCUCUCGAGCAGCUAAAGAGAGAGCGGAAGAUGUUCGGGGUGAUACUCCAAAUGGACAUGGGAUAGAUGAUAGCAGGCACACCAGUGAGCACGUGCUGCAAGGACACACCCUGAAGAAAAGCAAACCAAGAUUCGCGAAUUUACUUUCCCGCACGCGUUCUAUCAGAGUAGAUGAUGGCUCUGGUCCCAGGAGCGCGGGCCUGCGUCGCCCGUCUAAUGCGACCCUACUCAAGGUCUCAGAAAGUACGGAAGAAAUAUCUGCGCCUCUCAAAACGGCACCGCUAAGACCAGAACGAGGCUUCUACGAAAUAGCAAGCCCGACUGUCACGCAUAACCCUUCUGACCGCCCAAUCGAGAGCCGCCCCCAGACCAGCCGACGAGAACGAGCGAACCCAUCGAUGGUACCUUCAAGCUCGUUUAUUCAAGUAUCAGGAGCAUCUGCAUCUCUAUUCAACAACAUAAAGCACUCAUCCAGUGGAGCUGCAGAUCGCCUGGGUAAAGCCGGGAAGGGGUUCUUCGGAAAGAUUACUCGAAGCGGAAGUACCAAUGAGCGAGAAGUUGUCUUGGAUGACAAUUAUGUGUGCUCUGUCAUCAAUCUCCCUCUAAUUGAGCAAACACGAAAAACGCGGAUUUCGAAGAGAUUGGAAGAUUGUAAGGACAAGACUGAAUACUGGAUGCCCGCGUUACCUUAUCGAUGCAUCGACUACUUGAACUACAAGGGAUGUGAGGAAGAAGGCUUAUACAGAGUUCCCGGCAGUGGCAAAGAAGUCAAGCAUUGGCAGCGACGGUUUGAUUCCGAAGGCGAUAUUAAUCUAUUUGAUGAGCCAGACCUGUACGAUAUUAACACUAUUGGGUCUAUGUUCAAGGCUUGGCUACGAGAGCUGCCUGAUGAGCUUCUGCCCAAAACAACACAACAAAUGAUCGCGGAGAAAUGCGAGGGUGCAACAACUGCACCGCAGCUUCUCAAGGACGAGCUUUCCAAGCUUCCUCCGUAUAAUUACUACCUCCUUUUUGCAAUAACGUGCCAUCUGAACCUUCUACAUUCAUAUGUGGAUCAGAAUAAAAUGAACUACCAGAACCUAUGUAUCUGCUUUCAGCCUUGCAUGAAGAUUGACGGGUUCUGCUUUCAAUUCUUAGUGUGUGAUUGGAAGAACUGUUGGCAGGGCUGCUGGACGGAAAAGGAAUGGGUCCAGGAUGAACAAGAAGCUAUUGAAAGGGCCGCGAAGGAAGCAGAGGAGAAAAAGGCUAAUGAGAUCAAGAACAGCAACGGCCAUGUCUUGGGUUCCCGUGACGGUCAAUCUCCUGAUUCCUCGUUAGUUGCAGACGAGCGUGCUAUCUCAUCUUCGGGGAGCAGCCAGCCCGAUCAACAUGAAAAUAUCAGAACACCGAAGCCAGUAGCAUCAUCGCGCAGAACUCGGCCGGCUAAUCUUCAAGAUACAACGAGUCACCGACGGAGCAUUUCUCAACUACCGGAAUUAGGCCCUCCCCUUUCACCGAUCAAAAUUUGA